AUGAAAAAUGGUGUCGAUAUUAAUUUAUAUUCAAAUCUCAUUGCAUUUUUAAAGAGACGCUCUGAUGGUUUUAUAAAGAAAAAAUCUAAGGUACUAUCAUCAAAUGACGUCGAAAAGUUUCUAAGAGAUGCUCCAGAUAGCCAGUACCUGGCUACAAAGGUUGCGUUAAUAUUUGGUAUUAAUGGUGCAUGUAGACGGCAAGAGCUUCACAAUAUUACCACAAAUGACAUUGAAAAUCAAGGCAAAAUACUUUUAGUUAAAAUAUCAAACACUAAAAACAAAAUACCCCGAUCUUUUAUUAUCGACGGCCCAUUUUAUGAUGUGGUAAAAAAAUAUGAAGCUCUGCGUACAACUAAGGCAAAAAAUAAUCAUUUCUUUCAGAAUUACCAAAAAGGUAAAUGUACUGCGCAACCUAUUGGCAUAAAUAAAUUCGGUGCCAUGCCAAAGGAAGUCGCCAAGUUUUUAGGAUUGCCUGAUGCUGAUUGUUAUACAGGGCACAGUUUCAGAAGAACGUCAGCUACAUUACUUGCUGAUUCGGGCGCUGAUAUAUUGACUUUAAAGCGGCGGCGGUGGCGUUCUAACGCAGUAGCAGAACCUUAUGUAGAAGAGUCCAUCCAAAACAAAGCAAAUAUAAGUGCCAAAAUAACUCAGGCAAUAAAUUUGGAGCCACAAACGAAGAAGUUUUGCCCUGAGUCACGCCCCUCUACUUCUACUGAUAAUAUUUUUUCAUUUACAACUAAUGACGAAUUACAAUGCUCUUCUGCCGCCUUUCAAGAAGUUUCGUCAUCUCCAACAUUUACCCUAACACAAAACAAUGACAUUAUGAAUAGUAAUAAUAAUAAUAACAUAAUUAAAAAACCAACUACAACUAUGUAUCAUUUUAAUAAUUGUAAUUUCACUAACUGUUUUAAUAAUUCAAAAUGAACAAAAUAUGAUUUUUUUUUUCUGUUUCCUCGCAAAUGUGUUAAAACCGUCGUACGAUAUACGUGCGUAUUGGUUAUAACACGCUCGGCUCAAUUUCGCCCUCGCCUUCGGCUCGGGCUGAAAUUCCGCCUCGCAUGUUAUAACUAUCAUAACGCAUUAAUAUCGUAAUGUACUAUUAUAGUUUACUUCCGCUGUUUCAAAGCAAUGUUUGGUAAAAUAUACAUGGUCAAAUUCCACUAG